ACAACACUACGGUUGGUUUUGUGAACUUUUGUGUGACGUUACGGCUUUAGUGUUUACCUCGAGUUAUUUGAAAAUUUUGUGAUAAUUUACAAGUGUGAUAUAAGCAGCGCACGCGGAAAUAAUCAAGGUUAAAAGGAUACAGAAAUGUUUAUAGACGAAAAUGAGACGCCGGAGUCAUGGUGGGUGUCGGCGGUGCUCAAGGCGAUCCGCGCGGUGGCGCUAGUGUGCGACAUCAUCACCUUCCCCGUCCAUCUGAUAUGGCAGCGGCCGUGGAGGAAGCGCGCCCUCUCGCGUCGGAUCAAGGCCCGUAUAAUUCAAACGACCAACGACAGCGUGACGGUUCGUUCGGUGUCUUCUCCAUGCGAACUCCACGUCCGUCUGGUCCGCGAUGGAGUCACCACCAUGGAGGCCAUGCUCCGUGCGGCCGCCGCUCGCUGGGCUGAACGCCCGUGUCUGGGAACUAGGACCGUGCUGGGCGAGGAAGAUGAGCCACAGCCCAACGGAAGAGUCUUUAAAAAGUUCAACAUGGGGUCGUACACGUGGCGGUCGUACGCGGGCGUGGAGGCGGAGGCGCGGCAGUUCGCGGCGGGGCUGCGCGAGCUGGGCUGCGCGCCGCGCCGCAACGUCGUCAUGUUCGCGGAGACGCGCGCCGAGUGGAUGGUGGCCGCGCACGGCCUCUUCAAGCUGAGCAUACCGGUGGUGACAAUCUAUGCCACUCUCGGCGAUGACGCGAUCGCUCACGGCAUCAACGAGACGGAAGUGUCCACUGUCAUCACCACACACGACCUGCUGCCGAAGUUCAAGAAGAUUCUAGCAAAAACGCCCAAAGUCGAUACUAUAGUUUAUAUGGAGGACCAGCUGAAGAAGACUGAGCGGGACGGCUUCAAACAGGGAAUUAGGAUCGUGGCGUAUAAGGAAGUUUUGGAGAUGGGCAAGCAUUCCAAGAUUGAAUCGGUGCCCCCCCGGCCCGAAGACACGGCCAUCAUCAUGUACACGUCGGGCUCCACCGGCGUCCCCAAGGGCGUGAUCCUGUCGCACCGCAACAUGGUGGGCACCCUCAAGGCCUUCGCCGACGCCGCGCCCAUAUACGAGGGGGACACCCUCAUGGGCUUCCUGCCGCUGGCGCACGUGUUCGAGCUGCUGGCCGAGAGCCUGUGCAUCAUUGGAGGCGUGCCAAUCGGCUACUCCACGCCGCUGACGAUGUUGGACUCGUCCAGCAAGAUCAUGAAGGGGACUAAAGGAGACGCCACCAUAUUGCGACCCACCUGCAUCACCACAGUACCACUAAUAAUGGACCGCAUCAGCAAGGGCAUAACGGACAAAGUGUCCCGCAGCGGCGCGUUCGCGAGCGCCUUCUUCAAGUGGGCGUACGCGUACAAGCAGGGCUGGAUGCGGCGCGGGUACGACACGCCUGUUCUCAACAUCAUCGUGUUCAACAAGAUCCGCGGGCUGCUGGGCGGGCGCAUGCGGCUGAUGCUGGUGGGCGGCGCGCCGCUGUCGCCCGACACGCACGCGCAGGUGCGCAUCUGCCUGUGCUGCGACGUCGUCACCGGCUACGGCCUGACAGAGACCACCUCCUGCGCGACCGUCAUGGACGCGCACGACAGGUCUACGGGCCGAGUGGGGGCCCCCACCACGGGCACGGACAUAAAGCUGGUGAACUGGGAGGAGGGCAACUACCGCGUCACCAACAAGCCGUUCCCGCAGGGUGAAAUAGUGAUCGGCGGGGACUCAGUGGCUGAAGGCUACUACCGCAACCCGGAGAAGACGCGCGAGGAGUUCGUGGACAGCGACGGCCGGCGCUGGUUCCGCUCCGGGGACAUCGGGGAGCUGCACCACGACGGCUGCAUCAAGAUCAUCGACCGCAAGAAGGACCUGGUGAAACUGCAGGCCGGCGAGUACGUGUCGCUCGGCAAGGUGGAGGCGGAGCUGAAGACGUGCCCCAUCGUCGAGAACAUCUGCGUCUACGGCGACAGCUCCAAGACUUACACGGUGGCGCUAGUAGUCCCCAAUCCAGCGCACCUGGCGGAACUAGCGCGGCGCGCGGGGCUGCCCGACGCGGAGUUCGAGGCGCUGUGCCACAACACCGCCAUGGAGAAGGCCGUGGUCAAGGAGCUGGCCGACCACGCCAAGAAAUGCGGGCUGGAACGGUUCGAAGUGCCGGCCGCCGUGAAGCUGUGCACCGAGGUGUGGUCGCCGGACAUGGGGCUCGUCACCGCCGCCUUCAAGAUCAAGCGGAAAGACAUACAGGAGCGGUACAAGGACGACAUCAAACGCAUGUACGCCUCGUGAGUUGUAGUGUAGAUGUUUGUAUAGCACAUCACACACCGCGGCGGCAGUCAGUGCGCGCGCGGGCCGCUGGGGGCGCUAGUGCGGCGUGCAGUCUAAUGUCACUGUCAAAUUGAUGGUUGUUUUUUUUUUGUUUUGAGUCGAAAAUGUAUGAAAAAUUUUAUGUUUUUGGGCGGGCUGAUGAUUACAUUUGUUUUUGUGAUUUAACGCCGUGGGUCAUUUGAGUUUCUUGCUUAAUUUAUUUAAUAAUAUAGCAAUAAUAAUUAUUUUAGAAUUUAGGUUUUGGCAAAUGUAAAUACACGCAUUAAUCAAUGAAUGUGACUUUUUUAGCGUAUAAUUUUUCUUAUCGAAUUAUGGAUUAUAUAAACAAUUAAUGUUAACAAACGAACAAACUUAGCUACAAUUAUCAAUAGCGCCAUCUAGUGAGCACAAAAUCGUUAGCCCUCAUUAUUGAAGUGUGUAAAUUUAUUGUUAUUAUAAUAGAUGUAAUUCUCUAUUAUUGUCGCGGCGUCACUCCCCAGCGGUAACAACGCACCCAUACCCAGUAAAAAUGUUAUCAGUGUUGUCGAACUAUCGAUAGUUUGAUUAUCUAUAGCUAAAACCUCCAAUCAUCUGUAACGUCGCCAGUAUAAAACUAUGACGACAAUUAGACUAUUGUCACUUUCAAAAUAUUGAUUUGCAAUAUUAUCAUAAUUUAUCGAUAAUAACGUUUGUCUGAUGACUAUUAAGUCCUCACAUUGUAAUACUAUCGAUAGUUUAUGGAAAUGCUCGAUAGUUGACUAUCGAGCGGCAGCACUGUUGUCAUACAACAUCGAUUUGAUAUUACUAUAUUUAGGGUACGAUUGUAUGGCGAAAAACUGAAAAAUUAUGUUAAUACUAUUUAUAUUCGAUUGGCAGGACGCCAAUUUGUAUAUAAGCGAUUAUUAUCCUUAUAAAUUUAAUUGUUCCUUGGGGAAAGUUGUUUAUAAUUAUUAUGGAGCCUACUAUGCAGUACCAUUCAUUUUACAAAUUUAACAAUCACGAUGUACCGUUCAAAGUCGUGUUACAUUUCGCGUUUUCUACAAAUGUUUAAUUUAAAAGGUAUGAUUAAGCGCGCAAUGUAAAACGAAACUUAAUUGCGGUCACCAGAGCCAAAGUCAUACUGAACCCAUUUACACAUAGUGAAAUUAGAAUAUGAGAUUAUAAUACAAAUGAUACUUAUAAUUAUCGACAAUUCUUCGAUGUAAUUGAAUAUAAUUUUAAACCUAUCUGCAUAUAAUGCAAUAAUAAUAGCAUAUUAUGUGUAACUAGCGAUUUACUUAGAAGUAAGUAUGUAUAUUUUGUCGUCUAUUUUCGUAAAUGCAAGAAUUUAAUAAUAAUUAAUCUAAUUAUUUGUUGUAUAUGGGAUUAGUGUGUCUUUGAUUUUAUUUGUUAUGUUUAUUUAGAAAGCUAACGCACUUAUGUUUAAGUACAGCCAAUGUCAAGUGUUAUUUAAAAAAAAAGCAAAACUAACCCUAGUAUUUACUCUUAAAAAUAAAAAUAAAAGUGUAUUUACACUUAAAAAUAAAAAUAUUCAUACUCAUGUUUUCAUGAAAUUAUUCAAACUCAGUGACAUAGAUAUUGGCUGUACAUUGCCUGCUAGUCAGGUCAAAUUGUCGAUAGCUCACGUUUCAAAACAGAAAUGUAUGCGAUCCGCGUGCGUGUUGCGUUAAAUCCGCAGUAUCAAUAAAAAGCACUUGGAAAUCCAAAUUUGACACUGUUCUAGUACUAAUUGUUUUUAAAUGCAGUCUAAAUUAGGGAAAAUUUAUGUGAUGAGGGUAUAGUGAUAAUUUUUACACCACCAGAUUGCGCUGAAAGUUGAGAUUGAGGCUGGCAAUGUUUGAAUUUAACCAUCAAUCUAAUGAUAUAACUUGGUGCUGGUAUGUGGGGUGUGUUCACGAACUGUGACAACGCAUAACGUCAUCGGAACGAUUAAAACGAAUAAAGAUGAGACAUAUUGCCCUAUAAAAUUAAAUGAAAUAGACUGACUGACGUUUAAAAAGACCCUCUUCAAAGUACAGUUCAGUGACAAAUUAGCAUGUCCAGUGUCACAUAGAACUUGUAAAUUUAAUUAUGCCAAAUUGAUUAUCCGCGUCGUUGAGUCGUCUGUACAUAUUUAUUUGUGUCUAAUUGUAUUAGUUAUAAUGUGAAAUUGUGCGUGAGCGACGGAUGGUUGAUGUAAAAAAGUACAGCGGGAUAUAUAUACAAUAUAUAUAUAGAAUUUUGUCGAUUAAAUCGUUUAGAUUUCAUUAUAUGUAUGUAUAAUGUACGUAGAAUUCAUUAAUUUAAUAGAUCUGAAGAAUGGUUUCGAUUGAAUAAAUGCCGAGUAACUGGGUCGUGCGCUAGCGCAUCUGUAGAUAUUCUGGCCUAGUGACUAGUCUCGACUGUAGCUUAUCUGCCUGUCUAUUUAUCAGUUUCUAUCAUAUUAGGAAAGCCCUUAAACAACUGUCGACUAGGGCUUUAAAAUGUAGUACUAAUUGAGAAGAAAAUUGCGUGCGUUUUUGGCACGUAUUUCUCAUAUAUCUGUACGAUAAGUACUUAUUGCUAUUUUGCAUUACUGAGCAUGUAUAUAGACAGAUAGAGCAAUAGAUGUCUGUCCCACGGAACGAGCCUUUAUUAGACCGUGCGCAGAUUGUCAUUAUGUUUAAAAAAUAUUAUCAAUUAAAUGGAAACUUGUCCAAUUUUUGUCUCAUUCUAAUAUAAUAUUCGUAGAUACUUAAAAAUUUAAUUUAUGCCUUCAUUAUUUAGUAUACAAUUUUUCUUGUCCGAGAGUUGUUUUGAGAUUUCAAUAAUGACAUUCUGCGCGUGUUAUUUCCUUGUACAAUUUGUUUAAACUAAAAGACAGUUCCUUGGCGUGGACGAAAUAAAGCUAUUUUAGACUAAGUUUAUUGUUUUAGUACUUAGGGGGUGGGGUCGCGUGUGCGUCACAUUAAAGUAUAAUAAUUUCGCAAUAAUUUUAAUUCGUCACCGAUUUCUUAGUGUCGCAAUGAAUGCAUAAUCGAUAACUAAAUUUAUUUAUUUAGGAAAGCCGUGGCUGCCUUUAUAAGGUAGUAACGAAUAUUCACAAAAAUAAAUUGAACUAUAACAUAUAUUGUAAUAAGGUUCGGAAACAAUUAUUGUUGAAUAUACCGCCUUAUAAAGGAAUGAAAGAAUGAAAAUGCUGUUCAGGCUUCCACAAGUAGAUGUUUAGUUCCUGAGGCGAAGAAAUUGUUGAUUAGUUUUAUUUUGAGAAUCGCGAUUAUGUUGAUAUCCUACUGUGCGACUAGUCAAGAGAUACUUCGAACUUUCCAGCAUUUUAUUAUUACUCCGCGCAUUUCGCAGAGCAUUUACUUCUUAUACAUUUUCCUUCCGUAUAAUAUAUUAUACGACUUAUUUGAAACGUCGCAGAUAGUUCUGAACAUUGUAUGAGAUAUCUUGCAGGUAAUAAAUGGCAGAUUGAAGAACGACUACCACAUAAAUAUGGCCAACUUUCAAAUACAAUCAUACCAAUCAAUCAUAUCAUCAAUAUUAAACAAAGCUCAUGGUAACAUAUUACCAUGAGCUUUGUUUAAUAUUGUCGCUAGCUUCUAUCGUGAAUUGUAUAUUAUUCCACAAAGUGCCCUUUGCGAAAGGUCAAGGAACUUAUACCCUACAAAUUAAAAUCAUAUCUUCGUUGAAAAUCCGCCAGGGGGCGCUUUAUAGAAUUUAAGAAGCAAGCAAAACAAUUACGUGCUGUUGAUAUCACAUACUAUGUUGGUGAUCAAUAUCUGCUCGGGUUAUUCCCGCUGUAUUCCAUAUACAAUGCAUGUUGUAGCAACAUAUUUUUCGAUAUAACCCUUUUGAAGUUAUCGAAAGUAAUUGUGACAGUUAAGUUGUUAGUAGGAGUUAUUUGCUCAUUAUGUCAAUGUACUCUGUUUGAAAAUGAAAUUCUUCAUUAUUAAACCGAAAACCAUUUUUGUAUUAUUUAUUCAAUAAAUGUUAAUAAAAUCAUUA